AUGUUGAUCUGGAGUGAUGAUGUGGAUAACCGCAUGAAUGAUACGGAUAUGAUCAACGAGAUCACCUUCUCGACCCGCAUCUUCACAACCUAUUCAUUCACACUCUCCUAUAUGCUGCCUCUGGUGGCUAUCUGGUUCUUUUACGCCAAUAUCAUUGCGCGCUUAUGGGCCAGACGCAACGUUUUCUUUAAGAUUAAUGCCAAGUCUUCACGACGUACCACUACUAAGGCAGCGCAGACAUAUUGUAGGAGGAAUAUAAUGAUGGGUGUUGUUCAGGCGAAAUUGAUCAGCAAUCUAGCAUGGUGCACGGCAGCCGUCGUCGGUGUACCGGGCAAUAUUCUCGUUCUGUACGUGAUAAUGAAAUACAGAGAGAUGCGUACAGUCUCGAAUGUGUUCAUCUUUAAUUUGGCUCUAGCUGAUCUGUUAUUUCUGUGUGGUGUACCGAUUGUUUCAAUACAAACGAUCACAUCCGAGUGGAUAUUUGGUCAAGCGAUGUGUAAGGCGUUUAUCAGUGAGAAUGGAAUAAACCAGUUCGCACGAGCGAUUUUCAUGGGUGUUUUAAGUUUGGAUAGAUAUCUGGCGGUGUGCUACGCGGUGCAGUCGACCAAAUGGCGGACUCCGCGUUUUGCGUUCAUUAUAUCGCUAGCGUCAUGGCUUGCUGUCACCAUUGAAAUGGUUCCUUUAUUGAAAUUCGCUAAACUGAUCAAGAUUUAUGAAGACGGUAGUAAUGAUAGCAGAUGUGCAUGUAUGUUGAUCUGGAGUGAUGAUGUGGAUAACCGCAUGAAUGAUACGGAUAUGAUCAACGAGAUCACCUUCUCGACCCGCAUCUUCACAACCUAUUCAUUCACACUCUCCUAUAUGCUGCCUCUGGUGGCUAUCUGGUUCUUUUACGCCAAUAUCAUUGCGCGCUUAUGGGCCAGACGCAACGUUUUCUUUAAGAUUAAUGCCAAGUCUUCACGACGUACCACUACUAAGGUGACCCUAAUGGGCCUGACAAUAGUGAUCUCGUACACACUGUUCUGGAUGCCGUUUUGGAUAGUGACCUGGUCGAUUGUACUCGAAGCGAAAUGGGCCGUUUCACCGCUGCUCGAGCCGCUCUCCUAUAGCAGUUACGCACUGCAGUACAUCAACUCGGCUGUGAAUCCAUUUCUGUACAUGUUCCUGACGGAUACUUUUCGACAGAAAUUGGGUAAUUGGCGAUCAACGCGAUGCCGACUUGAACUGCAACGACAACCCUCUGAAAAGACGCACAUGCUGCUCUCAACGUCAAACACACUCGCGUUGAACGCCAAAUUAAAUGAGACCUUCCGUGGCAGUGAUAAAAGUCUGAACAAUGCCACUGCCGCCGCCACCACAACACUGGAUGACGACGACUCGCUGGCCAGGGACGAUUACUUUUUAUAA